CUCCCUCGAUCGAUGCUCGCUGCCCAGCCCGACCAGCCAGCCAGCCCCCAAUGCACCACACCCCAUCGUUCAUCCCCCAGUGCAUUGACGCGGCGUCAUCGUGCCCGUGCAGAGAAACGCGACAAGGCAUUGUGUAGCCGCUGCGCUUCCCCGCGACCCCGUCGACAUCAUCGUCGUCGUUCGUCGUCGUCGUUUGUCGCCGGCCGCAUUGGCGGCGGCCCUCCAACUCCCGGAUAUCGUCCCGCAUCGUCCCUUGACUGCCAGCCUGCAUUCGCCCGCUGCGAUGCAACUUUCCUAGGGGCGCAUGCCCAGCGCUAGACCGUUGGGAACUGGGGCCGGCCCGUUUCGAGAUGGCCCCAUCUCAACCGCCGCCGCCGGAUCCCCUUCCGGAUGCCCUGCGGCCGCUGACGCGCACCGCGUCCCGCCUCGACGAUACGCCGGAGCAUGCGUCUGCGUGGGAUCAGACCGUCCGACCUCACGCCGCCUUCGUCCCGACCUCGUCGCGCUUCCCGACCCAUUCGCGAGAAUCUUCGGCCGAGAAGCUACCCGCGUCCCUGACCUCGCCACGAACUUCGUCGCGCCAGCCCGCUGCCGUAGGAGGCGUCAUCGAGCGGCCCGUUGACCACACCAAGGCCGCCAUCUACGGCCACCACCGCCAGACAUCAAUCGUACACGGCUUCCAGCAUUCGAGAAAUGGCAGUGUUUCGAGCUCUGCCGGUCCGCUCAGCCCCCAAAUGAUAGCUGCCGCUGGUGCAGGGCUUGAGCGACCAGACAUGCAGUCCGUUGCUGCCCGAGUCGACGCCGAGGCGGGGAAUCCGCCUCGACCUACCACAGCCCUGGCUGGUCCCAUGGCCACGUCCAACGCAUUCCCCAUGGAGAGGUCGGCCUCUGCCGUCGACAUGUCCUCCCCGUCCCCGGGCUUGGGCCAGCGCAAGCUUGACGCAAUGGCGCCCAGGUCGCGUCGCGACCAGCCCGGCCACCAGUCGCACUCGUCGCGCGCUCACCGCGAUGAGCAGAAGACGGUGGGCGAGUAUGCGCUUCACGUGCUCUUCACCUCGUUCAUCGCCCAAGCUGAGGAGAAGCUCAACGAGUGCAUCACCGUUCCCUUCGACCCAGAACCUCAGAUUGAUCGGAUAUGCGGUCACGGUGUUGACCCGGCUUUUGACCAGCUGAUUGUGGCACUCGGCCAUAUCGCGAGCCCCAAGCCCAAGGCUUUGAUCGACUCGAUGAUGCUCUGGAGGAAGAGCAAGAGCGACGCUGCAAACGAGGCCCGGAGCCAGCUGCAGCAAAUGCGAAGCACGCAGCCCGGAGGACCGCUUCUGCGUAGGAAUACAGAGCCAGUGCAAGGCAUGCCCGGCGAGGGACCGCUCAAUGGUGCCAACGGUACCUCAAAGCAGGAAUUCGUGGCGCAGCAGGAGCGGCGAUCUACCGUUUCCAUCUACAUCUUAUGCCGGGUGCUUCUGGAAGUCAUUUGCCAGAGUAACCUAGCCUCUAUUACUCCAGAGAUGGAGGACAAGCUCGAAAGCAUCAUCUUUGGGCAACUAAAGAUAGCCGAUUCGGAGCAGCUUGCGUUCUCACCGCUCAAAUUGGCAAACUGGAACCUCUUUGCGCAGCUCUUGGGACACAUGAGCGACAUCAACUUUGCCGGAGUUACGAGACGCUUCAUCGAAGAUCUGGACGCCUCGCUCCAAGAGCGCGUGGUGAAGAGCCCGACGUCAUCUGCCGCCCGCGAUGCGGAAGGCAAGGUCGAUCUCGUCCUCGGCGGCAUGAAGCACUUGCGAGUCAAGAUAUCCCCCGAGAGUGCCUGGGAGGAGUCUUGUGACUUUCUUGUCUCCUUGGGUCGGCUGUUUAACAGGUCGCACGGCCCCAGGGUCAAGACUGCCUUUUGCCAGAUCAUUGAUACCCUCCUGUUGCCCAUCGCCGCAAAGGCUAGUAACAGCCACCUUAUGCAUCCGAAAUGGUCCGAAGUUCUCUCCGCCAUUGGGCCGCGUCUGGCACAAAUGUUCAUCAAGCCGCGACACUGGGCAGUGGCCUUCCCGCUCACGGCGACAAUGCUGUGCGUCUCGUCACCCGACAGCUUUGGCUCCCAGUGGCUGCAGCUCGUCUUAUCAUUGCAGACCAAGAUCAAGGACCGAUUUUCGAAGCAAAUGUGUCUACAGGUCAUCUCCCGACUAGUAUGGACGUAUCUGUAUCGAACCAACGACAGCUUCCAGACGUCCAUCAGGAAGCUUGAUGACGUGAUGAAGCUCGUAUUGCCGGCUCCGAAACGUGGGCUGCUGUCUUUUGAUCCGACCAUUACCGACCCCCUCAUACAGAUCAUCCGUAUCAUCGGGUUUAAAUAUCCCGAAUACUGCUUCAGAACCGUCAUUUUCCCCCUCAUCAAUGCUGAACUGUUUGUGACGAAUAAGGAACUCCGGGUGGAACAGCUGGAGCCUGACCGAAUCGUCGUCGGCAUUCGAGCGUUCUUAAGCAUCAUGUCAGACUUGGAGAAGGGAGAACAAGGUCAACCCCCUUUCCCCCAGUGUUACGACCAUCAAGCGCCGGCCGAAAGACUUCCAACAUCGCCGGUGCUGGCAUCGCCUCGGAAUGGCCCUCUUGUGAGCCCUUUCCCUGCAUCCAAGGAGGAGCACAUAUCCCGACCUGUCUUGACACACGUCUUGAGCGACGGCGUGCGCGACUUUUACUUGCAGUUCUGCCAAAUCCUCGGAAAAAUCACCAUUGUCUGCGACAACACCUUUGGCGGACAAGCUGCUCUGGACGAGAAGUUCAACAGUCCAGGCCCAAAGACCCCUAUUACAGAAUCCUUCAACUUCUCGAGGCGCGAUGAACAUCAGAACGCUUCGGACCAGAAGCAGGCUUUUUACGAGUUGCUGCACGUCGCUGUACAGGCGCUCCCUCGAUGUUUAUCCGUGGACAUACCUUUCAACUCCCUCAUCAAUCUCUUGUGCACCGGCACAGCGCACGUUCAGUCCAACAUAGCAGAAUCCUCUGCAAACUCAUUAAAGGCCAUCGCGAGACAUGCGCACGCACAGCAAGUAACAAUGGGCUUUGCGCGCUUCAUAUUCAAUUUCGACGACCGCUACUCUACCAUGUCCGAUGGCGGCAUGCUGGGGCCAGGUCACAUCGAAAGCACGCUGCGUCUUUACGUCGAGCUACUCCAGAUCUGGAUCGAGGAGAUCAAGCAGAAGACUCGUGAUGCCGCUGCCACCCAGCCGGACUCGACAGCAUCUGACAAGAGGGCCCAGAAGUUGGACUUGUCAAGCAUCUGGGCCGAGGUGGACCAGGCAGAAGCACACGGUCUAUUCUUCCUCUGCUCACAAUCGCGACGAGUUCGCUUCUAUGCUGUUACCGUUCUACGGCUCAUCAUUGAGUUCGACAAGGCUCUUGGGAAAGAAGGUUCCGAGGAAAAGCAGACGCUCAGGCUCAUCAACAUUCUCGAGAACGACUCAAACCAAGUCAUGGAUUUCAACGACGAUCACCUCUCGGUAGCAGAACGGAGCCGGCUUCAACGAGGGUUGCAGACAAGUAACAGCAAGGGCGUGGUCGUGGAGCUUUGUACCAGCGACCUGACCUACGACACUACUCUGUGGUACAAGAUUUUCCCCAAUCUGAUCCGAAUUGCCUUCGACAAGUGCCCAUUCGCCGUCGCCAUCUGUCGAGACCUGAUCUGCAACCGUAUUCUGCAGUUGUAUAAACCAAUUGUGGUCCUGUCUGAGCCCACACGAGGACUCUACUACGCUGGUGACCAAAGUGCCGGUCGGGCGCCAGCGAGAUCUACAACCACGCAGCCUGAGGUCCUGAUUGAGCAAUGGAAAAUAUAUCUGAUUUUCGCCUGUACGACACUGGCGGACCCCGGGAAUCAGACACCAACUCCGUCCAAAGACGCCCAGCACGCACGAAAGACAUCCAAGCCUGGAUCUACCGACAAGAUUGUGACGGCCAGAACUCUGUUCAAGUACCUCAUCCCCCUUCUCUCCUCCUCGUCUGCCUCUGUGCGCGACGCGGUCGUCGUUGCAAUGGGCUCGAUCAACCUGCACAUCUACCGCACCUUGCUUGAAGAGCUUCAAGGCCAAGCGUCUCGAUGCAACGACGACGCCCGUGCUAGGAUUCAUCAGCGAACCAACAGCGCACCUCGACGGAAUCGCAAGAUGGACCUGCUACGCACCGAGAUUACACACGUGUUCAAGCUCACGUCGCAUUUCUUGAAGGAGCCGCAAGUGUACCAAUCCGAAUUCUUCCUAACCACCCUCACGUCGUACGCCAAAGACCUAAAGCUUUUUCUCAUGGACGGAGAAGUACAAAUGGAUUGGGAGUUUCAGAAGCUGCGGCGGCACUACUGCGGUCUCAAGGAGGCGCUAUUCGAGGGCAUCAACCGCACAAAGGACCCGUCUCGUUGGAUGACGUUUGAGUCUCGAAAGUCUGCCUUUUCUCUCAUGGAAGAUUGGUGCGGAUUCUCCCCGAACCAGAAUCAGAUACGUGCUAGGGAAGACUCGAUGCGGCAGUCUCUCAUCGAUCAGCAGUCGGUGGGCGAACGCGGAACAGUCACAGCUGCCAUGGAGAUUGAGAAACGCAAUUUGAGAACCGCGGCACUGAGCGCCAUGGCUGCCCUCUGUGGUGGACCCAUCAGCGUAACCACGGAGAGCGGCGUGACGCUUCAAUUUGACAUUCGGCGAAUGCUUGCUUGGAUAGAGGCCAUCUUCAACUCGGGCAGCGACAGGAUGAACGUCAUCGGGCGACGAGCGUUGAAGAACUUGGUCGUCCACAACCAAGAGUACCCAUAUCUGCUUGAGCACUGCAUGGCACGUUGCUAUCUAGCUGAUGUGCCCAAGGUCCUCGAAAGCUACUUUGCCGUCGCGGUGGAGGUGGUUCAAGAAUACAGCUCCUACCCCUGCCCCUUCUGGAAGGCCUUGGGGCUUUGCCUCUAUACACUUGGCAACGACCAGAGCGAGAUCCGUUCAAAAUCGUCUACGGUCCUCCGAGCAUUGGAAGCGCGCCAACAGCGCAAUUCCAAGAUUCAAGACUUUGACAUCAGCAUCUCGGACAAAACGCAAGCUGUUUACAAGCUGGCCCAAUUCGAGAUUUCUAAGCGCCUUGCCAAACAGCACGGGGAGCUUGCAUUCCACGUCUUUUCGGAGUUCACGUACUACUUCAAGGAUCUUCAACCAGCGGCGCAGCGAAAUGUCAUUGCUGUCAUUCUCCCCUGGAUUCAGACCAUCGAGCUCAAGCUUGAUCCCAAUGGCGGCCCUACAGCACAGUCAUACGUUCUACUCGCCAAUCUGCUUGAGCUCACUAUCAGGUCAAGCGGGGCGCUGCACAAUGAGGUUCAGGCACUUUGGCAAGCACUCGCAACUGGCCCGUACCCAGGCAAUGUUCGACUGGUCCUUGACUUCAUCAUUCAACUCUGUCUAGAGCGGCGUGAGCAAAAUUUUGUCGAGUAUGCCAAGCAAAUUGUAGUCUUCUUGUCUACGACGAACAGCACGCCUGGCAUCAAGGUCGUCGAGUUUCUGCUCAUGCAGAUCACCCCCAAAGCAAUGGUGCCCAACGAGAAGCGAGAGGUCAUUCCGCCCCCCUCGGAUAUAAACAGUCUUCCGUACUGCGCCAAUUUGAGCGAGGCCCUCCCAAUUGGGACAAAACAAGCUGGAUUCUCCCUAGGUCAACUAUCCCUCAUCCUGCUUGUGGAUUUGAUGGUGUCCCCGGUUCAUCUGACGGCAGAAAACGUACCGCUUCUACUCCAAGUCGUCACAGUCUUGUGGGACCACUACACGCCAUUGGUAGAGGAGCAGGCGCGGGAGAUGCUCGUGCACCUCAUCCAUGAGCUAGUCAUCUCACGAAUGGAUGACCAGCCGCAAGCCGUGGCAAAAGAAUCUAUAGAGGACCUAGUCGAUCUCAUUCGACGCCAUGACCGCUCUGUGGUUUGGGGCUACGAGGAUAGCAACGGAAAGGUAGAUGAGCAGGACAACAAGGUUCCUCCCAGCAUGGAGUACCUCACCUCUGAGGUAGUAAAGACGUUUGAGAUGGCGUUUCCCGGUAUCAAGGAGCAAUGGGGCCGCCUGUCCCUGACGUGGGCGACGUCGUGUCCUGUGCGCCACUUGGCUUGCAGGUCGUUUCAAAUCUUUCGCUGCGUCCUUACGUCUCUGGACCAGUACAUGCUUGGCGAUAUGCUGGCCAGACUAUCCAACACGAUUGCGGAUGAGGAUGCAGAGAUCCAGUCAUUUUCCAUGGAGAUCCUGACGACGCUCAAGACACUCAUCGUCAAGCUGGACUCGGAUAAGCUGCUGACGUUUCCGCAACUGUUCUGGACAACGUGCGCGUGUUUGGAGUCCAUCAACGAGCGCGAAUUCCUCGAGGCUGUUGAGAUGCUCAACGAGCUUAUACGAAAGCUCGAUUUCCGGUCGUCAAACGUGCGUAGGUUGAUUGCAGACGGGCAGCCCGACAGAUGGGAAGGCACCUUUGACGGUGUUCAGCCUCUUCUUUGCAAGGGCCUCAGAUCGUCGCUGUGCUGGCAGCCGACCCUUGACACCCUAGACAAACUCGUCAAGUUGCCAGCCGAUAACCUCAUCGGCGACGACAACCGGCUCUUCUACUCCUUGUUGGCAAACUUUCCUCGAUUCCUGAACGAGAUGGAGCGUGGGACGCCGAGCGACGAGGUGAUGAAGACUGGGAGGAUCCUGCUUGCGGAGAUAGACAAGCAGGGCUUGGAGGGACUUGGGAUUGUCCUAGACGACUUUGUCUCUGGGAAGUACCAAGACAGUCAGGAGUUCCUGAGCCAACUUUUCCUUGCCAUCAAGGAGUACUACUUGCCACGACUGGAGUUCAAGAUGGUCACCUUCCUAAUCGGCUUGCUUACCAACUCACUGUCAUGGGUCAAGGUUCAGACCAUGCGCAUUCUCUGCGUCGCCAUCCCACAGGUCGAUAUGCGAAACCCAGAGCUUGCCGGCCACGGAUCCGAUCUCAUUUCGCCACUUCUCCGGCUCCUGCAGACUGAGUUCUGUAUGGGCGCCUUGGAAGUCCUGGAUAACAUCAUGACCAUGUCUGGCAGCCAUAUGGACAAGCACCAUUUGCGAAUGAGCAUGACGAGAUCGACGUCAAAGGCGGUGCGAAAAGAGUAUGAGCGCACGCAGAGCCUGUUUGGCAUCCCAGAGGCAUCGGGCUGGGCCAUUCCCGUUCCUGCGAAGAAGACGGAGGCGACGCGAGCAAAUAUCCAUGCUGCGUUUUACAUGUGCCAGAGCACCGAGGGCUCAUCCGUCGAGGCUACGCCUACGGCGGAGGUGGAGUUUCACAACGACGACUUCCCUUACGGCUACUUUGGGGCCAUGGAUAGGUCGGACACGAUGCUGUCGGACGACGGGCGUGUCGACCUGGGCGGGGGAGACGUGGUGACCAAGCUGGACAGCCUGGACGACUUCUUUGACGACCCGUCGAGCCCACAUACCGACGACGACGGCAGAUCAUCGCGGACCAUCACUGAGUACACGCCAGAGUCGUUUGAGUCCGGGACGGAGCUGUAUGACGAGCAGAUCCUGCCGAUCCUCCAUGAGGCGUCAAACAACACGUCGCUGCAGAACGGGUUCGCGGACCGUCCCAUCGUCAUGCCCCGGGACGUCGCCUCCAACACCAUGAACCCGGGCGCGUUCACGGCGGCGAUGCCGACGCGGCCUGGCCUGCACUCGAGGUCCAUCACAUCGCCCUCGGCGCCGGCCUCGUAUCAGCCGCACUUGGCGGCGGGCGAGCCGCAUUCGGACGACGAGUACAUGUCUGGAGGCUUCUCGGAUGCCGACGACGAGAGGCCAAACGCGCGCAAUGCGGACGGCUCGUUCUUCCUCGAGAACAUGAUCAAGGGCCCCAAGCAGGUGUCCAGACCCGGGACGCGACGCUUCCUGAGCAAGUCGCGCGAUGACGGGCGGGGUGAGAGGUCGCCCACGCCGGCGACACCAAAGAUACCGAGCAACAUGUUUCAGCCCAAGAUGUCUGGGCCAGGAGAUGUACUUUGAAGAUUCGGAGAGCACGACGGAGGCACUAGUUUAAUGAGGUUGAUGUGUAUGUAUAUUGGGAGCGGGGCGGAAGUGGCCACUAUGUUGCCGACUUUGACGAUCUACGACUCUGCACCUUGGCGCGGCAGAGCAAUGUCCAACGAUACAUGGUCUUCUAUAAGGGCCUUGUCUUACGGAGCCAAAAAACAUUUCACGAGAGCUGGCAAGAAGAUAUUAGGGGGCGCAUGGCGUACCUGCAUGAAAUAAAGCGCGUUUACAAACUUUUUUUUUUAAAGACACUGCGAUUAGCAUUCUCUGCGAAACUCAAGUAAGAAAGAAAGUUCCAAUUAGUG